CUUCAGUAUCAAGCACUGGAGCGAAGCGGACUGUUUUUGCAGACGCACCUUCGCUCAGGAGAGUUUGAACAGUUUAGGAUGGCUCAAGCAGACAGCAGGGCUCUGGCUUUGGGAGUUCUGGCAGGAGCUGCUGGGAUCACCUUGGCGAUUGUCUGCUUCCGUAAAAUAGGAGCGGGCAGUGGCAGAGUUCUACACCUGAGCAGAAGCGCAGGCAGUCUGGGUCUGCAGACGAGCCAGGCGGAGGUGCUGGAUCAGCUGGGUGCUCUGAUCCACUGUGUGUCUGAGCUCAGAGAGGAGGUAAAAGCCUUGAAGGAUGCACUUCCACAGCUGCAGGACAGUGUCAGAGAUCAACUGAGGGGCAGGAGGGGGGACGAUAUCAGUGCUCACAAAGCAAGUCCCCUUCAUCAAACUCCCAGUAGGAGAAAAAGAGCAGGAGGAGGAGGUAGAAGUGAAGGACAAAGCUCAGAAGAAGCAGAGAGUGAAGGAGGGUAUAUAACCGCACUGACAGAUUCUGAGGAAGAGGAAAGUGGCGAAUACCAAAAACCACUGCAGGAACCAGUGGAUGAACUCACAGCUCUGCUGCGGAAAGCAGACCGACUGCACAGCUGUAACGGGGCAGAAAAAGCACAAGGCCUGAAUGCUCUGCUGGAGAGGAAAGCAGAGUUCGAUCAGAAGUGCCAGUACCUUUGGCGGUUGUCCAGAGCCUAUGCAGAUGCACAUGAUUUUGCUCUAGACCGUGCAGAGAAGAAGAGCUGUGCUGAGAAUGGAAAAACAGUUGGUGAAAAGGUGAUUUCCAUCAAUCCACUGUGUGCUGAAGGUCAUCAGUGGUAUGCUAUACAUUGUGGGCUCCUGUCAGAGUAUGAGUCUAUUCAGAAUAAAAUAAAAAAUGCUUAUCUUUUUAAGGAUCAUCUGGAUAAGGCAAUAGAGUUGAAACCUGAAGAUCCUCUGUCGUAUUACUUGCUGGGCCGCUGGUGUUAUGCUGUGUCACAAUGUACCUGGAUUGAGAGGAAAAUUGCUACUACUCUGUUUGGAGAGCCACCCAGUGCAACGGUCCAGGACGCCCUGCACAACUUCCUCAAGGCAGAAGAGAUCAGUCCCCAGUAUUCAAAAUUCAACUAUGUGUUUUUAGCCAAGUGUUACAAAGACUUGGGUCAGAGGAUUCAAGCCCAACAGAUGUGUGACGCGGCCUCUGCAAUGAGCAUUGAGACUUACGAGGAUGAGGAAGCACAGAAGGAAUUGGAGGCUCUUGUCGCAUCACUUUAAAUCUCCAACAAAAGGCAACAAAAGCUGUCUGUCUUUGUGUUCCGUCUCUUUGAACUGGACUGUAGCUGUACACAUGAACUAGUAAUGUUGGCCAGGAUUUACUGCACGUCUAUUCAAGGGGAGCCCAGCAGCAAUGUUUUGUUUAUUUAAAUUUUAUGCACAAAAUACUGUAUAUGUUUUGCAGGACAAUUUCUUUUAAUUCUUUUUGACUGUUUGUCCCCCAGAACAUUUUAGACAUUAACAAUAACAGUUGCAAUGAACAAUGUGGCCCCAUGACCAUCAGUGGCUGCUGUUAGAUUGAAUUUAGAAUGAAUUUCAGUUUUGUUAAGGAAUAGUUUGUCCAAAAAUGAAACUUUGCAGAAAAUGUACUCACCCCCAGGCCAUCCAAGAUGUAGAUACGUUUUCAUCAGAACAGAUUUAGAAAUGGAGCAUUACAUCACUUG